GGAAGUGCCGCGAUCGACGCCAGCCAGAAAGUUGUCGUUCGCGUAAAUCGAAUCGAUACCGUGUCGAGACUGCCGAUUCCAUCGGGAUAAAACGAAACGAAGCGAACCAGCGUGUUCCUCUGGAGCGAAUAGAGGAGGAAUCGAGAGGGUACGCGAGGAAUAGUCACGACUCCAAAGUAGUGCAAAAAUGCGGAUGAAGCUGUUAAAGAUCGUGGUGGUCCUGUUGCUGUCAGGAUCGGGCAACGCCAGGCCGCAGAAAACCGAAGGAUCGAUUCAAGUUCAGCCAUCGAGGCCAAAUCCUGAGCAAUGGAGAGGCUCCGGCGUGCCCCACACCGUUCGAGAAGAUAGCAGGUACAGGUGGAAUUCCGGAAGUAGUACUAUUCCGUACAUUAACUUACAUUAUCGCGAUAAUGUUAAUCCUCCUAUCGAGUCUAACGUCGAGGUAAGUGUCGAUAAAACGAGACAACCGGAAUCAACGCGCUUUCUUCGGCCGAACUCGAACAACUUCUGGAAUCCCUCGAAGUUUCAACCAAGAAACUCAGGAAAGAUAAUCGACAAACAAAGUACGAGCAUGUUUCAUGAACGAUCAAUUAAAGGCGACCAUCUAACCAGGUUUAGAAACACGUCUCGUCGUCAAUCUAUAGUGCCAAAGAAUCAUAGCACUGUUUCAGGUGAUUCCACUAAAGAAUCAGCCAAUUGCUUCUCAAAAACAGAUCAGAGACUUAAUGUAGGUUAUAGACGCGUACCGCUUCCAAAUUCGAGAAUUUCGAACGCGAAGAUAGCCACUAGAAGAAAUUCCACGAAAAAUGGCCCUACGCGAGAUUUCACGCGCGAUAGUCCGCGGAGAAAGGCGAAUGAUAUGUUGAUGAAUAAUUCAGGAUCCAAUGUCGUAACCUUGAGCCAGAAUUCGGAAUUCUCGGGUCAGGAGGAAGUGUUUUCGCUCACGCUGGACAAAAAGGUCGAGUCCACGACUGCGUUCGAUCACGUCGCGGCCAUCAGAAAGAUCACAAGCAUGUUGACUCGCAAUCAGACUACCUCUAAAUUACCUUUAGAAAACAAACACGGCGUAGACGUUGGUAUUCCGUCGACUCUUUCUUUGCACAGCCAUUCCAAUCGUUAUUGGGGCUCCAAGCAUUCCAACAGAACAAAAAUUCGUCGUCCUCAAGGUCAUUCCUCUAAUUCGAACAAAAAGAAUCAGAAUAGGCUUCAUUUAAAUAAGAUGCACGUCAAAAGGAACAAUUCUUCUAUUUCUAACACGAGCUUGAAGAAUUGGCCCAAUAGUGCCAUUCAAAACGACGAAGAUUUUCAUAAUUACGAUCAAUAUACCACGAUAGAAGAGGAUGUGAAGCCAGAGGAGGUGGUUGAGAAACCAUUUCCAUUGAGAAAUUCCACUUUCAAUUAUCACAUACCUGUUUCGAAUCCCAAUUUUCAAGAAAUAGUUCACUGGUUGAAAAUCCCGGCUUUUAUGACGAAUGGCAGUCAUAUAAUGGAGAGUGAUCAACUCAAUAGUCCAAUUAGCCUCGCUUUUGAUCCAGUUUAUCAAAAUCUGGAACCGAAUAGGCCUUCUAAGCCGAAUAUCGUUCCACAGCUCAAGCCUGGCUUCAUUUAUCCUCUUCGUCCUCCGAGCUAUACCGCGGAGAAGGUGCCAAUUUGGCCACCGAGUGGCCCAUCGAGGAACAAGACUCAGGAUCCUUUCGUUCACAAUCCACAGACUCAGGUUUCUCAAAACACAGUUGUUCAAUUAAUAAAUACAGACUCGAGCAGGCCAAAUAGGACGACUCUUGGGACCAAAGUGCCUCCAGGAUUUAUCAGGCCAAUUCCGCCAGGUCCUUCAAGUCCUUCGUCCUCUUUGACCUCUUCAGGAUCUGGUCCGUAUCCCCCUUUUGCCUCUUUAGCUUCGUCAGGAUCUGGAUCGCACUCUCCUUCGUCGAGUCUCUCGCAAUUGUAUCCUUCCACCGCAACAACUUCGAAGCCAGGCCCAAACGUUCACAUAGGCUUUACCUCUUACGAGGACAACGAUAAAGUACCUGAUCAGAAACCUCAGACUCCGAUGGUAACCUAUGACCAAAGUUGUCCUACGAUCCUAAUAAACACUUACACGAGAAUCAAUAACACUAUUCAAAGCAAAGAAGGCUGUACAGACUUGAACAUCAUCAUCAAUUCCCAAGUGUUCAACACUAACGCCUUUAAGUCUACACCUCCCCCUCUGCCUGACCAAUCCAAUCCUGAAAAUUAUCAGGUUUAUGGAGACUCAGACAAAUAUGGUAGCCAAAUAGGUUCAGAUACCAAUUAUCAAGCAAUACCUAUCUACCAACCUAGUUCUCCAGGAUCUCAGUGGCCUCAGAACAGUUACUACGACUCCUCAAAGUACCCACAGAACCAGAAUCUUCAGCAAAACGACGUUUCCAACGUGGAGGUGAUUCAGGAUACCCAGAUCAGUAUUUCGAGUCCAGCUGAAGUUUCUCCUCCAGUCGAGUCUUCCUUAGAAGCAGUGGAAGAAACUGAUCCGUUAAACGACAGUACAGGUUCUUCGGCACAAGUUGGCUCAGACGUUGGUCAAGCAAACGAUUCUCCAGGUGUGAAUUCAUUAGUUCGACCAGCUGUGACACCAGCUGCGUCAAAUCCUGGCUCCUCAGGAUCUACUAAUAUCUCUCCGGCAGGUCUAGGCACAGGAUCAUCUUCUAUUCCAAGUCGUCCAAGUCAUGACGAUGACGACGACGACUUUGACUUGUCCCCCAGUGGUAUCAUGGAUUCCAUAGCUUCGGUGUUCACUUAUUUCACGUUUGUCAAUCCCUUGCAUUAUGGGUUCUUCAGCUUGGCAGCUGCUCCUUUCACCGCUCUCGCAGCUGGAAUGCUUGGUAUCGUUACUUUUAUCUAUCCUUGGCUGUUCCCUGCUUCGUUUAGCUUUAGCAGGGCUAACAAUAAUAAUGGCGAUAGCCUUUGGUAUAAUAUCGAAGAAGUGGUGAUCCAGUCUUUGGAGAAGUAUGGAAGGAUGAACGAAUGGAAGAGUAAGAGGAAGAAGAGGAAGGCAAAGGACAUAGAAUGGUGUCUAGAGAAUAGAAAAUUAACCUCGCCAAUGGUAGCUUUACUUAAUUAUGUUAAUAAAAGCUUUAAUUUUCCGAAAAUCGACGUAAUCUUUCAAUCUUCUUUCAGUAUCCAUUCGAACGACACGCAACGUCACCUGAAAGACAUGCACCACAUCGAUCAGUCCUUAAGAACGGUGGCCACUCAAUUACUAAACGUGACCAAUCCCGAAGAACCGCCAAAGAUCCUCGACAACGUGAUCAAGAGGCCCAUUCCGAGUCAAAAACCAAUCGAAAGAAACGAAGCCACUCCGAUCAAAGAGAUAUACGUGAACAAUGGUCCACCUGCUAAUAUUGGAUUUGGCAGACCGAUCAAUUCCAAGUUCAACUACUUCGAGACGAGUCAUCCAGGUCAAGCAAUGGCCAUCACCGAAGAAGAACUCGAAAAAGAAUUAAGUUCAACGCGUCUGAUGACUGCUUAUAAGAAUCAUGCAACGACCACUGGUGGAAUUUCCACAUGGAUCCUUCUAAACCCACCGUCGACAACGACGAAGACGACAGAGAUAGAAAAGAAGACGAAACAGCCGUUUCAAAUGGAAGUGAAAAUGACUGUGAAACCAACGACUUUGAUGGAGAGAGUGGAAACCACUGAAAGAGUGACAGAGAAAGUUACCAUGCCCGUAUCCACGACAUUAGUCAUGGAUCAGUCUUCUACUACAAAGAAAUCUGUCUCAGUCGACACGAAGAAGAGCACCGAAUCGAAACCAGAGAAAAUUCAAACCACAGAGAAGGUAGAGUCCAUGCAGAGUACCACUUUGAAGGUUCCACAGACUACUGCGAAUAAUUUGGAGAAUAAGGAGGCUGUUGUUAGUACCACGAAGAAGAUACAGAUUUUAAGAACGACACCUAAGCCUAAGAUAGCUACCACGAAGACUACCGUAUUAUCUAAACCUUCUGGUUCGAAGCCUUCUAGACCUAGUCAACAGAAUAGGCCUAAGCCUCCUAUGAGAAGAACUACUACCGUUAAGCCGGAUUCUGCGAAAAAUGAGACUGUUUCUACUGGUAAGAUAGAGAAGGUUACUUUCAGACCGGUUCAAAUGAUCACCAUUCCAAAGAACAAGGUAGAAAGCACCGAGAAGCCUAUGUUCGUGACCAAGAUCAAAGCGUCUAUCGCGAUGGACACUCAGAAGACUAGCACGCAGUCUUCGGCUUCUUCCAUGGCCACCAGUUUAGAAGUAACUACGACUUCUAGACCGACUACGAUCGAGAAUAAUCUAGUGGAGGUGUCUGUGAAGCCGAAACCAGUUGGUACAAAGGUGAACAACGUAUUGAAAGUCCAAUUGAAGAAGCCUCUAGACGAGACGACAAAGAUCGAAGUAGAACCCAUUAAGGUGAAUGCUCCCGUGUUGAAGAUCGAGAAAGUGGAAAAGAACGAGGUUAAGAAAGAAGAAGAGAAGGAAACAGAGAAUCUGGACAAUACCAGGAUAGAUUUAAUGAAAUUUGAUUUUAAUCCUGAACUGACCAAGAUCAACGUAAACACAGAAGUUUCUUCGACUUCAACGAGCACCACACAAUCGACGACGUCCACUUCGACAACUAAAAGACCUAGGAACAAUCCUAAGAGGAAGAAGAAUAAAGUCAGAAGGCGAAAGCCAACUACAUCCACCACUACAACCACUGUUUCUUCGGUGAUAUCUAGUACGACAGAGAAAGAUUUAAUAGAGGAACCAAUCGCUGAAAAUGGUAUACAGGAGUCGAAGAUAGUACCUGAGACCAAGGUGGCUGGUAAUUGGACGAAGACAAAGAAGAAGCCAGCUUCGACUCCCAUUAGUAUGCAGAUUUACAACUUCCUGAGUCGAGAGGUGAUGCCUAGUUUUGGAGUGAUGUCUUUGGUGGGAUUGGGACUUGGCCUGGCUUCUUACUUCUUGUAUCCGCUCGGAGGAACCGUCACUAGAAGAAACUACGACGUUGAGCCUAAAUAUAAGUAUAAUUUCGACGAAUACGGUGGAAACUAUGGUCAAAGGGAAGAGGAGGUCUUGUCUAAAGUUCUUCAGGGUAUGACAAUUGACGAGAACAAGUAUCCUGGCUCGAAGGACUAUGACAACAAUUACUAUAGGUACCAACAUUAUGACGGAGGUUAUGACGCUCAGCCAAUCAAGAAAAGCGAUCAAAGGUACCCUCCUUCAUCUGCAAUAUAUCGUCCAGAGAACACAGCGUCUAUACAUAAAUAUAAGAACACUGAUUAUCGUUAUUCGGAUAGUACAAGCACUCCAAAUUACUAUGACAGGUCUAAACAUCGCGAGUACGUGGUUGGAUCUGCCGCUCCUGGCACAGCCAACCGACAAUUCGUUGUCGGAAGCAUUCCCAAAGAGUACCCACCUUACGAAGAGAAGAUUCCUUCUUUAUCGACCCCAGGAAAGCUGGCUAACAGUUACGAGCCUACAGAAAGUGGGCAGAUACAGUUCGACCACGAUGUAAACCAGAACUUCAAUUUUCCUGUGGGGUCUGCUCAAAACUAUGGUCCAGUACAGACAGCUAGACCAGAUGACACUUACGAGGAAGUUGAGAUCACACCUACCGCGGUUGCUGUGGAGCAUGGACCUAGGUCUCUGAAGCUUAAACGGUCUCUCCUGGACUUGACAAAGAUAUCUCCAACGGAGACACGUCGUUCUAGAAAGAGAAGGGACUCCGUAAUUCAAGUUAUACCAUCGAAACGACAAUUGGAAGAGGAAGGGAAGGAGCAAGAUUUGAGCAACGAAAUCCUUAAUAUCAUUGACUCAGCUAUACCCGAAGAAGACUAUACUCAGAAGAAGAAGAACAAGAACAAGGAAAUGGAAGAUUUUGCGAAUAAAAGAAGAAAAGAGAAAGAGGACGAAAGGAAUCGACUGAAAGAAUCCACUACCAACAGUCAGAUUUUAAAAACGAGCACAGCUGCCCCUGUGGACACUUCUACGGAGACUACCGAGUCUCCUACUUUUUCUCCGAGUUCCACGGAAAGCGAUUCUGAAAGUAACACGACGAAUAAUCCGAAAUCGACCGAAAGCACCAGCGAGUGGAUCGAUCUGACCACGGCGAAGCCAACCGAGCAGAACGGUUUCAAUCUCUUCAGUUUCGUGAAGAAGAUCGCCGAGAUCAAGUUCAGGCUCGGUCUGACGCUCCUUAAACACGCCAGCGAGGGUUUUGCCAGAUAUCUUGGCCACGUGCAGAAGAGGAUCAACGGAGAGGAGUGAAUAGGCUCCUUCCAGGAAGCUGAAUACAAUGGACUCGAGUGACGACCGCGAUUUAUACUGUCACUAGGUCAGCACGUACCUUAUUCUUCGAGCACGUCAGGACAUCGUCUUGAAAACGGAAAUCCCUCGUAUCUUAACAUCUGUUCGAGAAUUUCGAGAGGGUGGAGACGAUUUUCGGACGUUUUAUGGUUGGAAAGGUCUUUCCACGAGGGUGACUUUCUGU